UUUCCUCCACUCAGUGUUGCAUUUAUCUGAUUUAUUUAGUAUGUUUACUGUGCGUAUUUCCUCAGUAUCUUUUGGCGUGGAUAGGAAAGGAUUCUCUGGGUUCCACGGUCCCUGUAGGGAUCUCUGAAGGGAACUGUUGAAUUCAUCGGACAAGAGAGAGAGAAGGAAAUCUGUGCCUGCAGGGAGAAGAUUCACAGCCGGGGCAGGGAAGACUUCAGCCUAAGCUUCUUCACUGUGGUGGAAACGAGAAAUGGAUGAUUUAACUGAUAACUGUAAGACACCAAAUAAUACGUCCACAUAUGAAGUCCUCUCCUGGGUGAUGGCUGGAGAAUUCACUCUGGGACUACCUCUUAAUCUCUCAGUGCUCUACGUUCUCAUAUUCAGGUUCAAAUUCUGGAAGAACAACUGCGUGUUCCUCUUCAACAUUGUGCUCGCUGAUUUUUUGCUGGUGACCUUUCUUCCACUCAAGAUUUACCAUUAUCAGAACAACAUGAGGGGCAGUGAGGAACCCAGAGUUUGUGGCGCUCUGCUCUUUUUUCGGUUCCUGAAUCGAGGGGCCAGCAUUGCCUUCUUAACUUUGAUGUGUCUGGACCGCUACUUCAGCGUGGUCCAUCUUGGGAGGAAAAAUUGUUUUAAGGCAUUUAAGAAGUCUCCACUUAUCUCUGUGAUUGUAUGGGUGUCCUUACUGCCGUUCACCAUCCCCACGAUGGUAAGAAAGGUUGAUUGCUGCAACAGCUGGGGCCGAGAGAAUUCCACAACUCUUGACAACAUGACGGACUCCUUCAGAGAGACCAUCUUCUUCUCUCAAAUCGUCAUCCCCUACAUCAUCCUCAUUUACUGCACGGCUCGCAUCGUCAGCCGACUGCAGAGGAAGACGAUCGGGGAGAAGGCCAAGCUGAGGAGAGCUGUGUUUGCCGUUGUGUCUGUCGCCGUAGUCUUCUCCAUCUGCUUCCUGCCGUGCACAAUAGCCCGGGCGGCGCUGCUGAUUGUGCGGGUGAAAGAAUGGACGCAAGAAGAGGAAGUAGCUGUCCAGGUGUACGAUGCACUCAUGGUUUUGUCCUAUGCUGACUGCUUGCUGGACCCACUGGUUUACUGCUUCUACAACUCAGGGUUUAAAGUUGCUUACAUCUCCACUUUCUGCCCAUCGUUUCUAAAGCAGAGACUGCUGGACUCUGUCACUGGCCCAUCAACCGCUACAGCUACAACAACAACAACUCUAACAUCAGGAGCUCAAAGUAUUUAUUUAAAACGUUGAAAAAAAUGAUUAUUAGUCAACCUUUCUUAAGCUUCACUGGUUGUAUAUGUCAUAAAAAGUUGGCAACCGCUGUUCCAUACAGGUGUUUACUGAAGAGCAAAGCUUUAAACAUAAGGCAACAAGUACGGACCACAAUCCACAGAAACCCAGAUGUAUCUUCAGUGAAAAUUGUUUUAAGUUUAUGUUUGAGGAAAGCAACCUGAGAAUUUCAGGAAAGUAACUGCAAGUAAUUUCUGCAAGUUUCUGGUUACUUAAGUAAACUGUG